UCCACCACCAUAUCCUCUUUCAUCCGGUCUCUUCCUCCUCCACCAUCUUGCCCUCCUAUAGCAGUGGAUGGGUCGUGGGCGUCGUGGUCGUCAUGGUCGACCUGUGGUCCUGACUGCCGCCACCACCGUCAGAGGUCGUGUUCAGCACCGUCACCCCAGCACGGAGGUCGUUAUUGUUCCGGUGACGACUUCACUUCCUCCAACUGUACCGGAGGCAUGUGCCGCAGUGGGCGAGGUUCCUCCGUCAAGAUGUAUGGAGACAAGAGCACAACAGAGGAAGCUACAGCUGCUGCAGUGCAGCAGGACAUCACGUUGAUCGUGGUGCUGGCGGUGCUGGUACCGCUGGUGCUGCUGCUCCUCGUUGUCGUCUUCCGCAAAUUCAACCAAAAGGACCGACAAGACGGACCCUUGUACGAGAUUGCUGCCUCAGACUACCCGAUGCCUUUCUACUCAGACACAACCAAGAAGCUGAAGGGCCUGGCACCUGACCUGACACAAGGAGUAGGCCUCACACCUCUCCCACCCACUGCUCUCCCUCUCUGCUACGACCACGCCUACAGCGAUCCUGCCUCGGUCUCCAGUGGGCAUAAAUCAAGCGUGGGCAUGAUGGGUUCAGUCUAUGAGGAACACUACUCGGCCCCUGCCAGUGGAAGAGGACCCUCGGGCAGUGCCACCCCUGCCUCUGAGCACCACUAUGAUGUACCGCACAUGCGCCCCGCCCACGACUCUCCCGCACCCUCUGAGGCGUGCCACCUUCUGCCUUCCCGAGCCCUGGCGACGCCCACCAUAGAAGGCAGUGUAGGCAGCAGAGGCCUCGACUCCCCAGUCUCCUCCCUGGAGAAACCUCCCAGAAGUGAAUCUCCAGCUUCCCUCUCUAGUGAUGCAACCUCCUGUGAGUAUAAUUUUACUACAGUCUUUGUUUAUGCUACUGUUCAGUUUGUUGGUGCACUAAGAAGGGUGGCGGUUUAUAAUGAAGUGGUGUACAUUAUGAUGAACUUCAUGGGAGAUUUUUAUUUUGUUUUACUUUUAUAA